AUGAAUAAUGUUAUUGCUGGCAGUGUAAAUGAAGCAUUUAGUUGCUUUUGUGAUAGUAUUGCUCAGUUAAAUGAACAAGACAAAGCAAAACUAAAUCUGGAUUCAUAUUUCCAUGACACAACAACUAUCUCUAAUGAAUAUGCCAACAACAAUGCAUUUGUAAAAGAAAACACAAUGACCUUUCCUGAGCCAUUGGCUAGUAUAAUUCACAAUCCUCUUUCAAUUCCAUACAAGCUUGGGUUCUUGUUAAAUGCUAACCGAGUAUGGCUAACAGCAAACAAGACUUUAUACAUUUGGAACUUCUUAGAAACAGACAAUAUAUUUAGAUAUGAUUGUCACGACAGUAUUGAACGCGUAGAAAUUUGUGAAAGACAAAAGGAACUGUACGUCUGCACCAGGAACAGCCUGUUCGUUCACAGCUUUAGCAUAGAUACAGACAGUCGAUUGAAAAUUUUAUCAAAGACAAAUGCGAGAACAAGCGGCGUUGUUAUGUCAAAUAUUCUCAAUACUGACACUGGGAGAACAUUCAUGCAAGGAGAUGAUGGACACCUUUAUGAGUUGAAUAUAGAUCGUGACAGUAAUGGAUUAGCUGUUGGAAUCAAAAAGUUUUCAUGUAUCACGGAACAAUCCUACUUUAGAUAUUUGUCUCUAUUUGUAAAUUCGGUUCCUGAAGUUCCCAUCAAGAAAAUAGCACUGAAUAAUGAAGAAAAAAUCCUCUACAUCUUAUUGAAGGAUUCGACUAUUCAAGCCGUCGAUAUUCAAGGAAAUAACUUUGUUUAUGGGCACAAAUUUAAAGCUACCAUGGUGGAAGACAUUCAACUGGUACCAACAUCUGAAUCAAGAAUUAUCGAUCUUAUCGCUAUUGAUGGAAAAGGGAACAGAUACUAUCUUUCAAACAAAGCAGGUGGUAUUGGAAUAGUUCAUGAAAGAUUGGCACCACCCAUACUAGGAUCACUGUUAUUCAAUCAAUUCACUAAUGAGACCUUGCAACACAGCUUUUAUGACUCAGGUGUCUUUGCGGCUAUUGUCAGUAAAUCUUCUGAUAAUUACCUUCUUUUGACUCGCACAGCUCUGACAAGAGUCGUUCAAGCCCAACCGGUAUACAACGAAGACUUUUAUGCAGAAAAGUUAAAUGACACUCUCAUGAUUAUGGAAAGUGAGUUGAACACACCAGGACGUUAUAUUGAGAAUAUAAUCGAAGCAUCUGGCAAGCCACAGCGUCAAAUCCUAACACUCAACAAAAACGGUGUUACUUUUUAUAAAGAGCAGCGAUUAAUUGAGCAGUUUAGCACCCUAUUAACAAAGGGAAAUCCUUCAGCAAUCAUAGAAUUUAUUGAAAAGUAUGGCGUUGAUGAAGCAUUAGCCUUGUGUCUACUGAUCAGUAUUAUAUCACCUGCACAUAAUCGUGAGGCAAUGUCGUUGCUUUAUGACCAUCCUUCAGUGGAUAAUGGGUUACUAUUAUAUAUCUCAAGGUUACUCAAAGACAUUCGAACCGUGGAUAUUUUGGCAGAAGAUGUACCACUUGACGCAUUUAAUUUUGUAGCGGAUCAGCUUGAAAAGCUACAUUCGUUCCUGCAACAAGCAAAAAUUAAUAUCAGCAACGAUUUACGUACCUACACCAUACGAUGUAAGGAAGGAGUACGCUUGGUUCAAUUUAUUCAUGAAGUCUGCUUACGAAGUGAAGCGACCAGGAAAAAGCUUGUGGAUUAUGCCCCAUUGAUUUUUGAAAAGCUUGUUUCAACAGAAAAAGGAGCUUUUGCAGCAAAGAAUGUGGUCGUUGCCUGUAUUGAACUAUUUGAAAUAUCAGAUUCAAGCCGCAGCCAACUUACCCUCACUCCAUACCUAUUUGAAAAUUGUAGAUGUUUACUAGGAGAAAGCAAUAUAGGGUUGGAAUCUUUACGGCAUGCUGAAAUUGAGUUGAACAAAGAGCCUGAAUUGGAACAGUCUCUCACGCACUUUAAAAAGAUAGUUGAACUGAUUUCAUUAGAUCAGCUGAAAGAACUAUGCAACAAGUACUGCGCCUUAAAGGGCAAUAUUGAAUCUAUGAAAUUAGUAUUAGCAAAAUAUCAGCUAGUGAAUACAGAACAAAAGACACAAAUAUAUGAACUUAUAUAUGAUACAUUAAGAUCAACCUUUGACGAACCAGAAGAGCGUCUGCGAGUAAUCUUACAAGAGUCGCUCGACCUGCUUGACGAAGAAGCUUAUCAUGAAAUAAUUUACCAAUGGCUAAUAGACAAGAAGCAAGAGCGAGUGCUAGUUACUCUUACCACACCUCAUCUUGUUCAAUUUUUUACAACAAAAUUGCCGGAAAGCGUAGGUUACCAUUAUCUAUUCGAGUACUAUACGUACCGAAGUGAAUAUUAUGAUGCCAUUGUAGCUUUGAGACGACUAUCUACUGUAACAAGGAAUGUCGACUUGGACAAACGAGUAUAUUAUUUAGAAAGAGCAUGUGAUCUCAUGGGCAAGUCUACAGGUAUCUCUAACAACGAGAAGCAAGAAUUAUUGGCAUUAUACAAAGAAGCGACCAUUCAAACAAAGAUUCGUAAUGCGCUGCAACAGCGACACGCGAGCGAUAGCACAAGCUUAGUGCAGUCAUUAAACGACUUUUUGAAACCUGCCAAAGAACUUUAUCAUAACAUCGCACUACCGCAAAACUUGUAUGAGGAAGCUCUAUAUUUGAUGGACUUUAUGGAAUUGUAUGACUGGAAAUACGCACAAUUGGCUUGGGAAAGGAUAGUUAAAGAAAAUAAAGACAGCAAUGCAUUAAAGAAUAAAUUAAUAACAAUGGGCAAAGACCUCUAUCCUUCAAUUGCUUCAUAUCCUGUGUUUAUGUUGGUACAUAUCCUAGAUGCCCAUUGCCAAACAUAUCCUGAAGAAUUCAAAGAUGAAUUUGUUAUAUCAACACUUACAGAAGUUGGUGUCCCUCAAGAGAUUAUAUCUGAAGCAAGAACUGCAAAGGUUUAA